AUGACACCCAAACAUAAAGCUGCCAUCCACUUGUGGGGAAUCGACAAGUUCGAUUUUAUCAUCUGCAUAAGCGCAUAUGUAGGAGUUGUCUUUGGCAGCGUGGAAACUGGACUAGUUAUAGCGGUGGCAAUAUCCCUACUUCGUGUACUAUUGUUCGUAGCAAGGCCAAGGACUUCUGUCAUGGGUAAUAUUCCUAAUUCCAUGGCGUACAGAAGCAUUGAACAAUACCCAAAAGCAAUUUACAUUCCAGGGAUUCUUAUACUCAAUAUCAGCGGCCCAAUCUACUUCGCCAAUGCAAAUUACCUAAGAGAAAGGAUCUCAAGAUGGAUGGAUGAAGAGGAGGAAAAGCUAAAGUGUGCACAGAAGCAUGACCUGCAAUAUGUAAUACUAGAUAUGAGUGCUGUAGGAAGCAUUGAUACAAGUGGAAUCAGCAUGCUCGAAGAAGUAAAGAAAAUUGCUAACACUAGAAGCAUUAAGCUUGCGCUAGCUAAUCCCGGAGGAGAAGUGAUGAAGAAGUUACACAAAUCAAAGAUAAUUGAUACAAUUGGGCAAGAAUGGAUCUACCUGACAGUCGGAGAAGCUGUAAGCGACUGCAACAUCAUGCUUCAAGCAUGCAAGCCAAAAACUAAGGCAGUUGAAUGUGAGGCAGCAGAUGAUCAAGUUUGAUGUCACAGAAACUUGUUUCCUUCUACAACAAGAGGGACAGUUUCUGCAAAAGAAGCUUCCGAAUGUUUUCAAUAGAUUUGGAAGCGUCAACAACUAAAUGAUUGUAUUAUAGCAUGAUUGCCAAGUUUGGGAUGUGAUAGAGCAAGUAGUCAUUAGAGAUUGUUGUGGUUUAUCAUUUCCAUGAAGCAUUUCAGGAGAAAUAUUUUUCUUCA